AAAUAGAAAAUCCUUUGGGUGGUUAUGGGAAAACUUUAUCGCAAGUGAUUAUUGGAUUAAAAACCGUUAAAGGUACUUUACCUUAUACACUAGAAGAUAUCAGGGCAAUAGUACAGAUUCGUGCAAAAACAGAGGGACUGACGCUAUCAGAAGAAGCUUUAAAUCAUUUAGCUGAAUCUGGCAUUAGAACAUCAUUGCGCUAUGUCAUUCAACUUCUUACGCCGGCAAGUAUACUUGCACGCAUAAAUGGACGCGAAAACAUCACUUUAGAAGAUAUAAAAGAAGUCGAUGAUUUAUUUUAUGAUGCCAAAUCGUCUGCAAAGGUUCUUACUGAAUAUCAAG